AUGUCAAGAUGUUUAUCAAGAAAACCCUUUAUCGUGUUACUAGAGAGCAGAAUAAGACAGUUUAUUUAUACAUUGAUUGUAGCUUCGUGUUCUUUAACGAUCGGUAUGUGUUUGGAAUGGACAUGGUGUACGACAAGCAUAGAAAUGUAUCAAACGUUAAGGUUAAAAGAUCUUCUUUUUCUCGGAGCAAUUACUAGCGCUGGACCUGCGGCAAUUGUAGCAUCAUUGGUUGGUCUUAAAGCAGUACUUGUCAUCGGAAUGCUUUUUACUUUGUGUGGAUCCGUCAUAAUAGUGUAUUCGAUGGGUAUAUUAAUGGUACUGUACAUAGGUCGAAUCCUGCAAGGUUUUGGCGCUGGGAUCGUGUGCGUUAUCGUACCCAAUUAUGCUGCAGAAAUUGCCGAUCCGAAAAUCAGAAGUCUGUUAAUUGGUUUCCAUUAUAUACACAUGCUAAUUGGUAUGAUUUUUUCACACGUCAUAAACGAAUUCUACAAUUAUUCAAAUGUGAAUAUGGGAAUUGUAGCUAUGGUUGUUGUGAAUCUUUUAGCAUUGUUAGCUGUCGACGAUCCACCUUACUAUCGAAUGAAGUUUUAUGAAAAGUGGACUAGUGUGUAUAAUCUUGAUUAUAAUCUACAGAUUCAAGAUAAUUACAAUUCUAAAUUAUUAAAUAAUAAUUAUUACAAAAUUUUUGAAAACGACGACAACCAAUAUUUGUUUUUGUUUUUUACUAAAAAACGAUUUCGUAGACCGCUAUUGAUCAACGUUUGUUUAAUUAGCAUUCAACAGUUUAGUGGUCAAUUUUUUCUAACGUACAAACUUCAAUGUUUUCACGGAAUAUUUACUAUGAGUGAAACAAUACCAUUUGUCAUUGAAAUCUUACUUCUCCAACUUAUCACGUCCAUUAUAUGUUUAUUGAUUGUUGGUGUUUCUGAGAAGAAAAAUUUAUUAAUCAUUUCGGGAUUUGGAAUGGCAAUAACUUUAUUAUUAAUGAAUGCCGCAUACCAUAUAGAAACAAUAGAUAAAGAUGAACUAUGGUUACCUAGUUUAAUUUUAAUUUAUAUUAUAUUUUAUUCAAUUGGAUAUGGUCCAGUUCCGUGGAUUUUAAUGCCCGAAAUAUGCCCAAGAUCAUCGAGAUUAUGGACAUCUGGUGUCACAGUCAGUUUAUACGCUUUCUUGAGUUUAGUCAAUAAUCAAUCAUUUUACGAAAUUAUAAGAUUAAUUUAUGAAAUGGAUAUUUUCACUUUUAUAAGUGCAAUCGGUGCAUAUUUUGUAUAUUUGUACGUACCAAAAAUAAAAGACUGUAUUCUAACAUGA